ACUCAGCUCCCGUCGGUGUACAAAAGCAAACCAAAAACAAACUUAGCAUCUUUUAUCCCAACAAUUCCAACCAACUUCUGUUUCCUUUCGCCAUCGCACCGCAAUCUGUGCCCCGUCCGUUUUCCUUCCCGGAAUAGCCGAGCUAUGCAAUUGCAUUGAAAGUUUGCGCAAAGUGCACGCGUUAUGCAGCAACGGGACGCGUUCUAGUGCACAGAGGUUAGUAAGGCAGCACAUCAAUCGCACCACAGUAUGGAGGUGGACACGAUACAGAAACCAGCGCUGGCAGUUGAACCGCCGGAUGCCAACUUUGACCCAAACUUGACGCCGGAAACCGGCGAACAGUACCUGCAGAAGGUGAUGUACGAGCGGGGCAAAUGUCCGGUGGUGGUGGUGGCCGAUAAACCGCAGCCCCGCCGCCAGCAGAAAGCACUCUCCGGGCUGGCCGCCGUUCCAACGGACGACGUUAAAAACGUGGCCCACCGUGCCCUGAUACCGACUCGCGAGUGGGAAACGAUGCAGAAUCAAAAGUUUUCCGAACUGCGCGACACCAUCACCGCGUACCGCAGCAGCGCCCAGUACGAGGAAAACCUGCAGCGAACGCACGUCUAUCUCAACUUUGACGAUCGGAAACACCUGCACGAAUACUGUGCCAACAACCUGCCGUACGUGAGCAUUCUGCUCAGCAUACCGCAGCGGAAUUUGGAGAUUUUGCUCGAGUAUCUGCACGAGUGGCUGCAGGAUUCGGACCAGGCGUCGUCCUCCAGCAGCUCGCAGCAGCUCGACGAACCGUCCGAUCCGGAGCUGUGCGACACGGUUGCAGCGGUGACACCGUCCACGUCGGGCAAAGAGCUGUUGCAGCGCGGCGAUGGCUACCGCCGGGAUUGGAUACCGCAGUGGAUUUACGCCAUACUCGCCUGUCUGAUCAAACCGCUCGAGCCGUACAUUCACAGCGUGCUGCGGGACAUUGCCAAAACGUGCAUCACGCUGCGCAACGAGCUGAAGCAGGAGGACGAGGCGAAGGUACUGCCGCUCAAUCUACUGAUCAGCAUCAUUUCGAAGCACUUUAAUCAAUCCGAUCUGAGCGAUAACAUUGCCUGAGCGGGUCGGGAAUUGGGGGAAGCACUCUAAAAUGUCCCUUCUGUCCGAGUGUCCGGAAGAUGCUUCGUGAUUGUUUUUUUAUUACUUUUAUUCCUAUACAUUAUCGAAUAUUUAGCGAGCCUUAAAUGAAGGGAUUUGUAUCCAAUAAUUAACGAAAAA